UCUUUGCGCGGCGGGACAGUAAUGGAGAGAUCUGUCAGAUACACUAUGUUCAUAUGCUGCAAAACAAAUCAAUUUUUACAUCAAUACAGAAGGGAUUUUAGAGUUUAAGAUUGCUUGAAGUUUGAGCUUUUUGUUGAUUAAACAGCUCUUUUAUCCUGUGCUGAGGGAAGGAGCAGGGGUGAAGGAAUCCAUACGUGGCUGUGUACGUUCAUACCACUCAAUGCAGGUCUGUCCUCGUAUCAGAGAGCAAUGAACAGAGAUUGCUUCGACCUAUGCCUGAAAGUACAGGAUAAAAUUGAGGAAGCAUAAUGAAAGGAAGAUGGCAGGUUUGAAUAGGAAAAUUCUCCCUGAAUUUAGUCCAGUGCUAGGGAGCACUGAAGAUCCUUACGUGGUUAUGUUUAGUCCCUUCAGUGGCUAACUAAAUUGGAAAGGAGCACAUGGGAAGGAGGGCAGCACGUGUAGAAGUGAAGUGAGCUUUCAGGGCAGCUGAGCACUGAGGCAGCGUCCCUCAGCUCCACCUGUUUCCUGGGUCUGCGUGCAGCUGGAGGGGCAAAUGGAAGCCCAGAGAUGCUUCUGCAGUGAGGGCUGGGCAGAGGAGAGCUGCUCCCCAGCUCUGGGCCCCAUUAUGGGGAGGUGGCCCCUAACGAUGUUUGUUCGUCUUGUUGGUCAAAUGCGUUACGCUCCCUGGAGCUGCUUCAUUUGACUGCCGACAGGCCAUCAAACGGCACUGGCUCAGGACCUACCAAAUGAAUGCCUUUUGUUUGGUGUGUUUGCGUUUGUCUUAUUUUGGUAACAGAACAGGGUGUGGGCAUGUAUUUUUUUUCCGUUAAGAUUUUAAGGGGGCCGAUGGCAGUGGGUGAAGUUGGGCAGAAUGUAAUCAGGUGCUAGAUAAACAUCUCCUCCGAUAGGCACGCCAGCCCUUCCCAGGGCACACGGGUAUUUCGCCCUGCUACCCUAAAUUGGCGUGGAAACAAAGCAGGCUGCAUGGGUGUAGCUGUGAAAGCAGUUAGUAUAGAACGUCACCUUCAGCAGUUCUUUAGCAGAUAGUCAGAAACGAGGAGAGCUGCAUUUCAGUAUUUGAAUGUAGCUUGUGCUUUUUAAACCCAGCCGCAGGUGAGCACACCGACAGAAACACUUGACACUCACGGUCUAUUCAGGUGUAGUUCUUCAGUCUAAGAGUUUAUGAAAAUUGACUUGUCUGCUGUCACAACCAUAUAAUUAACACACAUCUUUGCCUCUAAUUUUACUCUCACGUGGGCAUUUAAUGCGUUCUCUCCCUUUCUGCUCCUCGUCUGCUUCGCUGCGGGCUGCAGUAGGACUCCUUAGCGCAAUUCACACAGUGCUGUAAUCUCGAGGAGGGACUAAUGGCAAAUGAAUCAUUGGUAGAACGAUCAUCUGCUGUUUUCCUUGACCUGCUAAUGUUUGAUUUUUAAACAAUACCAACCCAGUAUCACCUGGAGGCUUGCGACCGCAGUACAUACAGAUGGUGAUUGCUGUGCCUCGCAAUAGGAGAGGGCAGCGAAUUUCUGCCAAAGUGCAGCAAGAAGCCAACGCUGUUAAUUUUAAACAGCAAAACUGUGGAGAUUAGAGAGUAUGAAAACAUAAGAAAGUAGCGUGCACAGCUGACGGGAUGCAUAAGUAUUGAAAGAAUUUCACGUUGAAGUAGUCUUUGAAACAGCGUGCGCAUACUUGAAGCCUAUAAAUAUCUUCACACAUUUUUCAGUGGUUUAAGCUUAGUAAUGGUUUUGCAUUGCUUAAGUAUAGCAUUACCAGAUUUACCAGAUUUGUACUAUCUAUGCUUGUCACUCGUCUACAAUAGCUUUUUUUUUUUCUUUCCCAGCAGCAUUUGUGCAGAAGACUGAUGUGCUGCUGGGGAAAUGCCAUAAACUUUUGUCAAAUAGGAGAUCUGCUUCCUGUGAAAGCACACUGCCUGGCAUUAAGAGAUGGAAAUUUUAUUAAUUCUUUUAUUCGGAGUCCUGUCACAGCUGCGGUCCUGCCUGUGGUUAAUGUCUGGUGAAACAGCCUAUAAUUACCCCAGGCAUCUUAUUUUAAUGCUGUCCUAGUGCUGUCUGACUCGCAGUCCUCUAGAGCAUCCCACUCUUUUCUAUCUGUAUUUUAAAAAAUUCAGAAAAUGUUCCUGGCAUUUUAAGCUCUUAUGUAACUUCUCUGGAACUUGAGACUCGAAAAUAGUUUAAGCUUAAUUGCUGAUCUUAGGCAGAAAGGUUACAAACGCAUGGCUUAUUUAGUCUAGCUGGUAGCUUGGGAGGUAAAUAUCACGAUGAGAGAGGAAACUUGUUGAAGUUAAAGUACAGUAUUGGCACGAGAUGAAUGUUUUUGAGCAAGCUGUGAAUUUAUUGAAGUCUGACAUUAAAAGAUCCCAAACCAUCUGAGGAGGGAGGUUGUGGAACAGGCUUCCAAACAGGAUAAUGUGGACAAAGAAGUGUUUUUAAGAUGGCUCUUGAUAAGUUUUGGUAGUUUAAGUCAGAAUUUCCGUAGCUAGUAAAUGAGGUUUGUAGCAGUGGUCUUUUGGGCUAAGUAGAUGUCUGGGCACCGCGCUACAUUUGUAGUGUAUGAUGCAGUCAUCUCAUGUUUAAGUGCUUCUGGUGGUCCAUCUGUGAGGACCAGGAAGAUUUAUCCCUUUACGUACUUACUUACACCAUCUGAUAUUUGUCUCUUUUGUUCUGCUUUAGGAAAAGACAGAGUGAGGAACAGGUGCCCUACAAGUCCUCCUGGCAUCACACAGGCUUGCAAGUGUGUCGCACUCUCUAUCCUCCCAUUUAAACAGAGCAACAGACACUGCUGGUACAGAAAUCUUGCAAGCUUGGGCUGGUUGGGACUCCUGGGCUUUUUCUGUCCCCUUCUAACACCGUGUGUUCUCCACUUCUGUUUCCAACUUAGAUGAAGAGAGCAGAUGGACCGUCCAUUACACUGCUCCAUGGCACCAGCAGGAAAAUGUGUUCCUGCCUUCCUCAAGGCCGCCUUGUGUGGAGGACUUGCACCGGCAAGCAAAGCUGAACCUCAAGUCAGUACUGAGAGAGUGUGACAAGCUGCGGAGAGAUGGCUAUCGGAGCUCUCAGUAUUACUCUCAGGGCCCCACCUUCUCCUCAUCCUCCAGUGCAAUCUGUGGAAGUUACCAGGACGAUUAUGAAGAAAUUGAACAAAAGUGUUCUGUCUCUUCCCCAGAAGAAGAAAAGCUUAUCACCAUCAAAAGGCCUAAAACCCCAGUUUCAAAUGACUUAUCAGAUAUCAACACACAAACCAACUGGACUAAGUCACUUCCACUGCCAACACCAGAAGAGAAGAUGCGACAGCAAGCACAGGCAGUCCAAACAGAUGUGGUUCCUAUCAAUGUGACUGGGGAGAAUUUCGACCGCCAAGCCAGCAUUCGGCGGUCUCUAAUUUACACAGACACGGUGGUAAGACGGCCGAAGAAAGUCAAAAGGAGAAAGACUAUAACAGGAAUCCCUGACAACAUACAAAAGGAGCUAGCAGUUGGCACAGGCCAAAGUGAUUUCCGAGGGCACUCGAUGUAUGUCCCAGAUCACAGUUCCACGCUAGGGCGACUAGACAGCUAUCGCUCUGCUAUGCAGCGGUCUGAAACCAAGGACACCAGCUGCCAGACUGAAGAAGUUAAAGUUGUGCCUCCUUCGAUGAGAAGAAUACGAGCACAGAAAGGACAAGGCAUUGCAGCUCAGAUGUCUCAGUUCUCCAGCUCAUCUGGAAACAUGUCUGUGAUGAGUGAUUCUGCUGCAGUUAUAUUUGCUUCUCGCCAGAAUAGUGACAUAGGUUUUCACAGCUUGCCUCGGGCUGGUGCAAGAGUGUCUCUGCAGUCCUUAGAACAGACCCAGAGCAUCUCCAGACAGACAGAAGACAUUGCUGGUACUUUGCCUCACCAGAUGAGUAAACUGCAAGUGGAUGAUGAUGUUGCACAUCUGAGAAGUAAUGCCAUAACAGGAACUCUUUCGAGGCCAAAGUCUCAAGAGGUAAGAAGUUGUGACAGUGAAAAGUCCACUAGCCCAGCAUGUGUGGUCUCUCCUCAUGCCACCUACUCAACAAGCGUCAUACCCAAUGCGACACUGUCAUCCUCCUCAGAAGUUAUUGCUAUUCACACUGCCCAGAGUACUGGAUCGCUGGAUAACAAAAUUAGCAGUUCUGCUGUGUACCCAAAACCAAGAGAUAAUCCUGUUGCCAACAAUGCAAUAAGUGGGAAAGAAGAUCACCAUUCUUCAAGUGGUAACUGGAGUGAGAGUAGCUCCACACGUCACUCACAGACUUCAGAUACCAUCCCAUCUCAUACUGUCAUGAUGCUUUCUCUUGGUGACUCUGCUGUCUCUCUCAGCACUCCUGGAAAUGUAGAGGCUGGCUCUCAGAGUGUGAACUACAGCUGCAGAAGCAAUCUUGCUUCACCAAACCAGUCCCAGGACAGCGAUGGUAGGAGUGAAUCUAGCUACUCAGGGGAGCGAACACAAGGUGUAGUGAGCAGCACAGAGCACUGGCUAUACAAGUCUGCGGAAAAUAGUGAGACUGCAUCAUGCAAGGUAGCUUGUACCACACCAGGCUGUGCCACUCCUGGUAGCAACCUGAGCAGCAGCAGCCUGGAGAGGACAUCAGCCAAAGAAGAUUCCACUUCACUGUAUUCUGUAGACCACGAUGGUUAUUACAGCUCUAUGAGCAUGGACUCUGGACUGAAGUCAGACAUGCCAUGCUAUAGUACUAAUGGUUUUGGGAACCCCAGAGACAGCGUGAUUAAUGUCUUUGAAGCAAAGGAGAAGAAACAUCAAGAUGACCAGCCAGGCCAAGGUGAAAAAUCCCUUGCAAGAAACAUCUCUCUAAAAAAGGCAAAGAAGCCGCCUUUACCUCCGUCUAGAACAGACUCACUCAGAAGGGUACCCAAGAAGAAAGCUCAGUCCAAUGGACAGGUACUUGAUGAAACCCUCAUUGCUACCCUCCAGCAUUCUCUGCAGUUGAAUCUCAAGUGCAAAAAUGGCAGCUCCCCUUCCCAGAGCCCCUGCAGUGACUAUGAGGAUCCCUGGGUGUUGCGCUCUCGCAGCCAAAGCUCGGUCAGCGCAAGCAGCAGCAUGAUGUCCACUACUGCCCCAAACCUGUACUCCAUUUGCACAGUCACUCCCUCUCAGAGUGAAACAAGCAGCAUCAAGUCAGAGUAUGCUGACCAGUGGGGUUACUACAGUGACUAUGCUGCAGUGGCAGAUGACCAGAUGAAGUCUCCAGUGACCCAUUCUGCUAGUACCUCUUCUGCUCUCAGUGAUUACAGCAUCAGCCACUUCAGUGAUGGCUCAAGGGCUUCUGUACCACAAGUGCCCGCUGGACUGGCCAAACCAAAGAGCACUUCUCCAGAGAAGUCCCACCGAGUCACAUCGCCAUCCAGUGGGUACUCCAGCCAGUCCAAUACACCCACUGCACUCACUCCAGUGCCUGUGUUUUUAAAAUCUGCGUCAUCAGGAAAUGGGAAAUCCAAGCUGAAACCUAAAGUGCCUGAAAGGAAAUCUUCUCUUCUGUCUUCAGUCUCCAUUUCUUCAUCCUCCACUUCUCUUUCUUCAAAUACAUCUACUGAAGGGAGUGUGAGUGUGAAGAAAUUGGACCCCACCCCGAGUUCUCCUCCAGAUUCUGGUGCACCUCUUCCUCCGCCUCCUCUUCUAGCACCUCCUCCACAUUGCCUUGAGCUCUCUCCUCCCUCUUCCCCCCCUCCUCCUCCAGCAGAAGCCGUGGAUAUAUCACCAUUGCCAGCUUCUCCCACAUUCCCCCCCCCUCCACCAGAAGCUGAUGUAAAUUCUUCCUUUGCUCACAGUGUCCAGUGGUUACCACAAGAAGCUUCCAUCGGUUCAUACUCUUCCCCUGUUCCUCCUCCUGUUUUCCCUUUAGUUGUCCCACCACCAGCCCCACCUCUUGAUCCCAAACUGACAAAAGGUGCAAUGAUAUGCCCACAGUAUUCAUUUAAGAAACAUGAUCAGGAAGAUUCUUGCUACAAUGCUGUGAAACAGCCAUUGAGCAAGCAAGAUGCAUCAAGACCUGUGAUGCCCUUGGUAACCACCAAAGCAUUGCAAAUGGUGCAGCUGAGGUCUAUCAGAAAAGCAACAGAAGGUGACCCAUCACCUGAAUCUGCUUCUGAAACCAUCUCUCAGGAAAAGGGUAUUGUCACUUCAUCAUCACAGUCUUCCCUAAGGCCAUCUCUCUCACUAAGACUCAGUAACAGCUUAGGUGAAGAGGAGAUGAAGAUUCAUGGCACUUCAUUUAAAAACACACCUCAAACACUGGCUCAGAGUUCUCCUCUGGUACUCUCUGACAACGUACCCAUGCUUGAGAGCGAUCAAAAAGCUGCAGUUACUAUGGGUCUAAGCAAGUCUUUGGAACCAGAUUCCCCAGGGUCAGCUCCAGAAGCCACACCCAAGUCCCCAGUUCGGAGCGAAGACUUCCAUUCUGGCAUGCCACUGCAGGGGUCACCAGCAUCUCCAGACAAGACUCAGGUCGUUUUGCCAAACAAGAAACCACCUCCCAUUUCAAAGAAACCCAAACUGUUCCUUGUUGUACCACCUCCACAGUUAGAUCUCACAGUGGAGAAAAUAGCUGAAGUGAGUGAUACUGUCAGAAGCACAUCAAGCCCAACUAAGAGAGACGCUGUGCUUACACACUGCGAGGAGGCGAGAAAUUGCCUUACAGAUGGACUCAGCUCCAGCGAGAUGGACUCUGGCAGCCUGGUUCCUGAGGGAGGAGCUGCCAGAGUCACCUUCUCUGAAGCAGUGGGAGUUGGUGCCUUUGUGGUACAGUCCGCUGCAUCACCAGUUCAAGAGGAGCCCAGGCAAGAGGAGCAGUCAGUUUUUGAUGAAGGAAGCAGCUCAGGCAGCAGCCAAGACAGCAGCAGUAACACUGAAGGACACCCGUCUCAGGAGAACGAAAGUGCCGAGGUGUUUGAAUCAGAAACAGCAAAUAGUUCAUUCCUGCCAAGCAAUAAUUAUGGGGAAGAGACGGAUGGAGUGGCAACACCAGCGAGACCGAGGACUACUGAGGAUCUUUUUGCAGCCAUUCACAGAUCCAAAAGGAAAGUCCUUGGCCGUAAGGAUUCUGAGGACGAUCGUACCCGCAACCAUUCUCCUUCACCCCCCGUAACACCCACUGGUGCUUCCCCAACCUUAUCUACCCUCAAACAGGCAGGAUCUAUUCAGAGAAGCAUUCGCAAGAGCAGCACCAGCAAUGACAACUUCAAAGCCCUGCUGCUGAAGAAAGGGAGUCGCUGUGACACCAGUUCCCGCAUGUCAGCAGCAGAGAUGUUGAAGCACACGGAUCCACGGUUCCACCGAGCCAAGGUGGAUGCCUCUCCCGACCUUUCCGACAGCCCUGCCAGCUGCUCGCCCAGCAAGAGCAAACGGGCCCAAGAGGAGUGGGCCAAGAGUGAAGGCCUGAUGCCGAGGAGCAUGUCCCUCUCCAGCACUAGGUAUGGCCGAUCACGAACACCGCCCUCCGCUGCCAGCAGCAAGUACAAUGUUCGCAACCGCAUCCAGAGCAGCCCCAUGACAGUGAUUAGCGAAGGAGAUGGGGAAGUGGUGGAGCAGACAGAGAGCAGGGUCCAAAGGACUUUGGAUGAGCAGCGAGAGAGGCAGCUCGAUGUAUUUAACAGUGAUGAAAUAGACAUGAAUGACUUUUCGUAUUCUGAGGAGCUGGACUGCAAGGAGACCUUGGAUCCAACCCAUCUGGACUUAAUGACUCAGCCGGGUACUUCGAGAAAGUACCUAAGUCCUUCAGCUGAAGAAAGUUAAGAGACAGUGACAGAUGGCAUUGGAUAUUAGUCUAGAAAAUGACAGAGGACUAGAUUCCAGAAGAAAGCCCAGAUCAGGACAAGUUUACUUCGCCGAGCAUUUACUCCAUGAACUGCAUGUGUGUGUUUAAAUGCUGAAGCAAUGAUAGUUCUGCAUGGUUGGGGUGGGGUGGGGAGGACUUGCUUUGAAUGAGUGGUCUGUGGCUUAAAGAAAUUAACAGCUGAAACUGUUGUGUGAAGCCUUAGAAGUCCUCUUUGGGGGCGGGAGUAGGGGAGUUUUCUCAGAGCCUGUAGGGGUGUGAAGUUUUUCUUUUUCUUGAGACUGCAAUUGUGCAAGUAAAUUUAAAAAUAAGCCUGCAAAAGAGGAAGAGGAAGGCUUCUGUGGUACAAGCUGGACAUUUGCUUCAAAAGCAUUGUGUUGGUGCAGAGUAGUGCAUUUGUUAAGCAGAGAGGUAGGAUGAGGAACCUGUGGAAGGUAGUAGGGUUGGUGCUGGGGCCACGUGACUUCUUAUCCAGGUAUGCCCCAGCAUUAGGUGAAGCGUGUCCUGCUAAUGCCAGUAGGUCACCAGGUUAUGAAGUGGUCCAGGGUACUUUGUUUUUUCCUGAGGGAAAAUGAAACACAAGUUGACAUAGACAAGGGAGCCAAGUUUUCUAACUCAGUACUGGCUGCUAUGCAGCCACACACAUAACACUUGGUGAAACACUCAUUUCCAAGUGAACUGCUUCCUUGGCCGGAGUAUUCCCUUAGAGAACCGGAACAACUGGAUAUGUGUGGAGCAUGUGAGCAGACAAGGGAAGUGGGAGAGGAAUUAAGCAGUAUACUGCCGGAGUUUAGGACGGUUAAGUUUCUGAAUUCUAAGAUAGAAUUUGAGAACUUGCACUACAGAGCUGUAGGUGAAGCCUGUCUUUCAAAAUUGAAACUUGGGAGUUACGUUUUGCCAGAUGUCUUUCUUCCAUUUGUCAAGAUGGAAGAGCUAUUACUUUUCAUCACUUGAAAUACGGAUACUUGCUAACUUUUGGUUACCAAAGAAUAAGUUACAGUUACUUUCCUUUUUGAUUUGCCUGCAGUAUUUCUUUUCUUUUUUUUAACCUUAAUAAUUUAGUGAAGUUCAUUUUUAUUGUAUAUUUUACAGAUAAUAAAAACAUUUAACGGUUUUCCAAUUGUAAAGAAGACCAUUAAUUGAAACUGAAAUAUUGGCUGGAGUUUUCGGUUCUUAGUAGGAAUUAAGGUUUUAAAUUGUAAGAAGAAUUUUGCAUCAUUUGAUGGCGUGAGCAGUUUUUGUAUUGUUUGUAAAUAUUGAAAGUUGUUAAAAUAUCUUUUGAUCUCCCUACCGUAGGAUUUAUACAUUUUUAGAUUGCUUUUAAAAAGAAAAAGCACUCUUUGUAGAUUAUUUAUUUUAGAGAAAUAAGCCUGUAAUCUCUUUCUUCAUUCCUUUUCUUGUUAGUAAUGUAAAUUUCAGGGGCCUUUGUUUAACUCUUCCCUUCACAAGAGGGGAAUAGUGAUGAAAAUGCUGUGACUUUGCUUCAAUAAAGAAGGCGGCUGCCAGUUGCCA